UCCGAGCCAGGCAGCCAGCCAGCCAGGUACAUAGAAUUUCCUGCCCGGUCUCGAGAAGUGUGCCAGCCAGCAAGAUGUUGCCCAAUCUGAAGUCGCGCCGCAUCACGGGCCUCCAGCUGGCCGGAAAGCAUUUGGGUCCGGUGGCCAAGUGUCCACCCAGAUAUUCCGAGGAGGACUGGGACUAUAACAACAAGAUCAAGUUUCGGAUCACCUGCGACCAGGAAAAGUUGGCCGAACGCAUAGUGGAAGAAUCGCGUCGCGUGGUGGACGAGACCAAGGACACCACCAAGAACUGGCAGCGCGAGGUGGAGCAUCACAUGCGCGAGCGGACAAGUGAAAUCCGUUUCCUGGUGGACGAGUUGAACAGGCAGAAGAAGACCGCAGCUCUCGAGGAUGAGGCCCUGAACACCUAUCGCAAUCGGGUACUGAACUGCAUUGAGUUCCUGAAGGAAAAGUCCCUGGCCAUUUGCAAGCAGUGCCUGAUCCUUCGUGAAGGAAGAAUCGGAGUGGACCUCUGCGAUGAUGAGGUGGACCGUUCACUCCGACGCGAACUCAAGGUGAUUAAAGGUUGUCAGGGAUUGGCCGAUGCCGCUCUCAAGGAGGCAGAGGAGCAAAUCCGCAAAUUGCGCGCUGCCAUUUAUCUGCUGGAUCAGGAUCUGGCCGCCAAGGAUAAGUCGCUGGCCAUCGACGAGAAGAACUUGAAGCUCAAGGACUUCCAGCAUGACCUCGGCAAGGGAUCCGAUUUGUCCAAGCAGCACUGCCAAUUCUCGCUGACCGAGUGGCAGGCGCAGACGUACGAGAAUCUGGAGGCCAACGCCAAGGCCCUGGUUUCCGCGGGCCAACUGAGGGCCUACAUCGAUCUAUUGCUGAAGCAGGUGUGCGAGGACAUGCAGAACCAGACGGACAGGACCAACGAGGCCUUCGAGCGGAGGAUCGCGGAGACGAAGCACGUGAAGCAGUGCCUGGAGAACAAGCACAAGGACACGAUGGACCACAUCCAUCAGGUGCAGCGCAACAUGACCGAGCUGGAGAAGGAGAUGAUGGACAAGCAGCGGGCCAUCACCCUGUGCCAGACGCGGCUCAGCAAUCGUGCCCACCGUCCCGGAUUGGAGUUGACCUGCGACAUGGUCCAGGAUGCACUCUACAACGAGCUGCAGGCCCUGAAGGCAUCCGUCUGCAAGCUCAACCAGAAGCUGAACGAGAACAAGGCCUCCAUGCGAUACCUGAUGCACGUGCAGGUGAUGCAGGAGGAGGAGAUCAACAUCAAGGCGAACACCUGCAAGAUCGACGAGGUCGACUGCAUGACCCUGCGACAGGCCCUCAAAUAUCAAACCUUUUAGUCCGGGCAGCACUACUUCCAAGUACCGCACACCCCAGUAGUCGCCAUCAGCGUCCUGCACGCAGAACAGCCACCAUUAAUCAAAUUAGAUGCAUGUGCAUUUCGUGUUCGAUCCCAAAUUACUUAAUAAAUUGAAAUUCACUUUCGAUUUCCAGUUACCAAAA